CGCUGGAGCGUUGGGGAAUCCGUUUAUCAACGAUGCUGACGUUAGCUUCUUAUUUGUGCCUUGCCACAUAGAGUUAGGUUGUUAAGCUUGGGAAACAAGGUCCUGACCCAAAAACAACGCAUCUACCCUUUUAGGAUCCGAACUAGAUUGUCACAGAGGGUCCAUAUAUUUCUUUAAGUACAUAUUAAAAUAAAUGAGACUUAUAGUCUUUAAGUUGAAAUGUAAGAUAUUGCUGAUGUAACUAACCCUAGCCCACUUUUUUUCCAGCAAAACCCCAUAUAACUCAUCUAGAACCAUGGUACCCAGAUCUCUGAUCUUAAACAACUCAAGAGCGAGUCAAGAGUUCUUCAAGCAAAGUGAAGUUAGUUAAACCUAAACCAUUUUUGUGAAAUUUAAUAAGGGGCAAUUCUACUGCUUCUUUAACUUUAUAUCAAGUCAGGCUUGACCUGGUUUUAUAUUUACUUGUAUUUUUAAAUACAUCAUGUAGGCUACAGACAAAUCUGAAACUGUAUUAUUAAGAGGCUAAAGUCAGUCUAGAAUAUAGACUGAGUAUAGUUGAGACGUGUACAGUUGAAACAGCAUCAGUAUCUUGCCUGCACUGCAAGACUGAGCCAUGACUUUUACUCAACACACUUUGCCAUGCCCCUUCUAGAAUAAAUAAUAAGUAUCUUUUGUGACCAUCAAACAUAAUCUACAUCAUUGCAAACACUGAUCCUAUACUCAAAAUCAAUAUUUAUGAUUUUUCUUCUUUGUUUAGUUUUAUAAGAUAAAAACAUAACACCACAGCCAGCACCAGAGCGUAGCCCCACGACCACUCACUUGCGUGUCAUAACUUCUUGUCUAGCUUUUGUUUAGUGUUGACAUUUAAUUAUUAUUUGUUUACAAUAAUAUUUAAUUGUUUUUAAUUUCAAUGAAUAGGAAUUAAUUUUAAUAAAGUAUCUUGUCAAUUUUUUUUAAGUUUAUUGCAUUUACAGUUGAUGUUCAGUCAUCAUCAAUGGGCUUCAAUAGGUGUCUCAACUGUACCAUGGUUCAGUCUCAACUGUAUACGUAAGGUAUAGCUAAGAUGGUAACCAUGGUAAAAAUGCUUCCAUAGAUCCAAACCCCCUCUUCAGCCAGUGAACACCUGUGUAGAGGACAUCGAAGUGGAGACAUCAUAUAACUACCUAGGUGUACAUCUAGAUAAUAAGUUGGACUGGUCUAAGAAUAUAGACUUCAUCUACAGAAAGGGGCAGAGCCGCUUCUUUUGCCUGAGAAGACUCUGGUCAAUAGACAUCUGUAGUAAGACACUGCAGAUGUUUUAUCAGUCUGUGGUGACAAUUGUCAUGUCCUACACUGCAGUCUGCUGGGGAGGAAGUAUCAAACACAAAGAUGCAAGACUUUUAACAAACUGGUGAAAAAGGUUGGCUCUGUGGUUGGACUCAAGCUGGACUCAGUGGAGGAUGUGGUGGAGAGAUCUACACUGAGGAAAGUGGAGACUAUUCUAAAGAACAUGGAUCACCCACUUCACAAAACCUUGAUGGACCAAAGGGUCAAUGGUGGUGGACGGCUCCUUCUGUUCGCUGCAGGACAGAAAGAUUCAGAUCUUCUGUACCCACAGCUAUCAGACUGUUUAAUUCUUAUUUUAGAGACAUGACAAAUGAGACGACAGACCAUUGAAUUUACCUUCAGGAAUGAAUAAAGUUCUUCUUAUUCUUGUUCAAAAACAGUCUCAGUCGAUCCUAGGUAUUAUGGGUCAAGACAAGAAGUGGCAGAGUUGCCCUUUUCAGUUAAUUUCACACAUAGAAAACAAAAACCACAGAACUAAAUCUAUGUUCUAAAGAGUGUCUAGAAAUUUAAGACGGACUCAGUGUGAGUAGCAGAGGUAGUGUGGUUCUGGAUCAGGGCCUGGUCAAAUGUUGUCUAUAGGUUAAAAAGUUGUGUUUCAUUUACAGAAUAUAAGCUUCAGAGAUCUGAAACUGUCUAUUGAAAAUGCUGCAAACUCUCUAUAACGAUGUUAUCCAAGUAUGAGAGGCGUAGGUAUGGUGGUUCUGGAGCUGAAGUUGAAACCAUGUGGCGGAUGAAUACAUCGGAAGACGGACUUCCUCCUGCCAUAUAAAGCGGGACUCAUUUUUACAUUACCGGCAUUUCAGCAUCACUGCCGGUCGGAGUUUUUUAGACGACCGCAAAGAAACAGUCUAUUUAUCUUUUUUAUUUAUAUACAUCCUUUUCAAAAUGCCUGGAUACUCCGACAGAGACCGCGGCAGAGACAGAGAUAGAGGGUGAGUAUUGAUUGUUUUCUUCCGCGUUUCGGGCGAGUUUUGUUCUCCGGUGGUUAGUGGGGAUGAUGACAGUCAAGAAAAAGCGUUAAAAUGACUGUUUUAAUCAAAACGCUACACUUAUUUCGACGUUUCUGUUUUUGUUAACAUAUUAGGGAUCUUAGAGAGCCAAAACGAGCUCUUUAUCGGCUUUAUUUAUCUAUAAGAGGCCGGUACCGGUAAACGGAGCCCUCUCUCUCUCGUUGUCUUGGCUCAGGGCCUAGUUUGGCCUUCUGCCCCGGCACAGCGGCUCUCCGUUAGCUUCUGGGAAACGUUAGCUUCACGUUAGCCAGCUUAAAGCCUGAAAGUUUGAUCCAAAAUUAACAAGCCACAAAUAUUGGACUCUCUUUUUAAUUUUCCAAAUGUUGACUUAUUGAGAGAAGUUGUUUAAUCAGGAUGAGUCCACGUUCUAGCUAACGCUUUAAUGCUCCAGGCUAAUACAGCUGGCUAGUCGGCUUUUCGCCAUGUGGCAGCGUGAAUGCGGAUACAAAAUGCCGGCUGGUUUCCAUUGUUCCUCUGCUGGCUGGAAAGUAUAUGACAUCUAAAAUUUUAACACAAUGACGCAGUCAAUAUGUUUUCCAGUAGUUAUGAACACUUAAUCGCCACUGUAAUGGACGUACGUGAACAGAAACCAACUUUACCGGCCUCAACCUAACCGCUGAUCUAUUUGCAGCUAUGGCGGAGGCCCUCCUCGAUUCGGUGGAAACCGUGGUGGAGGUGGAGGAGGAAAGUUCGGCAAUCCCGGUGAUCGCCUGAGAAAGAAACAGUGGAACCUGGACGAGCUGCCCAAGUUUGAGAAGAACUUCUACCAACAGCAUCCUGAUGUUCUCCGCAGGUCCCCGGUAUGUAGGCAGCAUGGUUCUGGUAAUGUUAUGCAACACUGCUGAAACGUGUUCCUCAGGCACGUGUUUGAGUUAUGCAACAGACAGGGCUGUAAAGACCAUAAAAUCCAGUCUGCUGCUCAAGUAUAAUUAACAGUUAUAACUAAAGUGAAUCAUACUAGGAUACUCAUACUUUUUUUUCUUCUUUUUGGUGGGUGAAGGUUCAUACUACAUAUGAAUAAGACCAGUAGUAUAAAGUAGUACUUCUCGAUAGUUAGAUAUAUAUCAAUUGAACAUACAAAUACAUUCAUAAAUUGAAUUUGGAAAGGUGUUUUGCCAAUAAAUGAGAUUUAGUCUGACACCCUAAUUCACCAUAGUAUUAAUUAGCAGAAAUAAUCUCAUUGAAUCAAUCAGGACAAUUAUACAGAUAAUAAUAAGAAUUUCAUUUUUAUAGCAUUUUAAAAACAGAAGUUUUCAAAGCGCUUUGACAAAUAAUAAAAAAAACUCUGACUUGCUCUUUAAAGUAGAGAGGAUGUCUGCCUCUCAGGCCUUAACUGGUAUAAGAUUACCAUGAAGAGGGGCCUGGUACUGGCUCUACCUCCCAUACUAGUUUUCACACAAUACAAGAACCACAUGCAGGUCUGAGUAUGAUAUUCAAUAGGGGUAAAAAAAAUAGUCUGUUAGGCUCUUUUGGGGAAAUUUGACUGGUAUAAAUGCAGAGAAAAAGUAGUUUCUGAAGGUUGGUGCUAGUCUCCUUGUCUGGCAACAGUGUAUUUAAUAAUAACUUAUUGCAAAUAUUUUUUAUUAUUUAAUUAAAUGUAAAAGAUGAUAUUAAUAACGAUGGUAAUAUUAAUGCUAAAAUGGAAUAGCAAAAAUGAGCAGGAAAAAAAAAAAGUAAAAUCAAAAUGCCUAAAAGGUUAAAUAAGAAGAUAAGUAAAACAAAGGCUAGAGGGACAGUAAGUCUAAAUAAGAGAUAAAAGAGAAGAUAAAAGACAUCACAUAAAAGCAACUAAUCUGAGAGGGAAAGAUAUCAAGUAGAAUGGGCCUAUGAAAAGAACUUGAAUUAAAACGGUAAGUAGAAGCAGGUAGAAAACUAUGAAAACAUCAAAGAUGUGCGUAUAUUGACACUUCUUGUUUGGCAACAGGAACAAAGGCUUUCUGCACAGCUUUGUUCUGCACCAUGGGGUUAAAAUACUCCACCCAAAGUGAGGCUAAAAUGAAUGUGCAAAGGGAAGGAGUUACAUUCAUAUGGGGGUGGCUAUCCACUUAAGCAAUGUGGUUUACAGCAGUGUCAUGACUCAGUUUGUUUUGUUUCUAACCUGCAGCAAGAAGUUGAAGUAUACAGACGGGCCAAAGUGAUCACCUGUAAGGGAAGAGACUGCCCAAACCCCAUCGUAAAAUUCAAUGAAGCCAGCUUUCCAUGUGAGUACAAGAAACCUUAAAAAUAUCACCUUUUUUAAGAGGAGUUUGGUGCCACUGAUAUUAAUCUUUCCAAACUCUUCUGCAGCCUACGUGAUGGAUGUGAUCAACAAACAAAACUGGACUGAGCCAACACCCAUCCAGGCUCAAGGCUGGCCCUUGGCUCUGAGUGGAAAAGAUUUGGUCGGCAUUGCCCAGACUGGCUCUGGCAAAACUCUUUCUGUGAGUUACAUGUCGCAAUACCUGUAGAUUAUGCAAACAUUACACUGAUCCCUGUUCGCAGGGAGGAUUAAGAUGGACUGAUCGUAGUUCAGUCAUGGGAGUGACUUGUAUGCAUUUUCUCUGCAGUAUCUGCUGCCUGCAAUCGUGCACAUCAACCACCAACCUUUCCUGGAACGUGGAGAUGGACCCAUUGUGAGUAAUCAAAGCAAAACAUCUCAAACAUUUACACAAGUCGUCAUGUUAUCUCUCCAAAAUGUGGCUCUGGAGUCUGUAUUACUGAUAAAAGUGUCUCGUACUAAUGGAAAUGUCCCUCUCCGACAGUGCUUGGUGCUUGCCCCAACUCGUGAGCUGGCUCAGCAGGUGCAACAGGUGGCUGCAGAAUAUGGCAGAGCUUCUCGCCUCAAGUCCACCUGUAUCUACGGGGGAGCACCCAAAGGACCUCAAAUCCGUGACCUGGAAAGAGGUACUGCAUCUUUUUGGUGUUCAUUAUUUUAUUUAACGCAUUUUUGAAGCGGCACAGUCAGGGUUUAUUAACCUGCUCACUGAUUCCUCGAUCACAGGUGUGGAGAUCUGCAUCGCCACUCCCGGGAGGCUAAUCGACUUCCUCGAGGCAGGGAAGACGAACCUCCGCCGCUGUACCUACCUCGUGCUGGAUGAGGCCGACAGAAUGCUGGACAUGGGAUUUGAGCCACAAAUCCGGAAGAUUGUCGACCAAAUCAGAGUACGUUCUUCACCAAAGUUGACAGACAAUACUUAAAUUUGAUGGAUUUUGUUGCUAACUAGUACUCUGCAAUUGCAGCCUGACCGUCAGACCCUGAUGUGGAGUGCUACCUGGCCUAAAGAGGUCCGCCAGCUGGCUGAGGACUUCCUGAAGGAAUACGUUCAGAUUAAUGUUGGGGCACUACAGCUCAGUGCCAACCAUAACAUCCUGCAGAUCGUCGAUGUCUGCAACGAUGGAGAGAAGGAGAACAAGUGAGUAAUGUGUCAGCAAGUUGUGUUGAAGCUUUUAUCUCUGUGGUAGCUUUAAUAGGACUGUUGUACCAAUAAGUAAGACCACAAAGUAACCUGAGUUUUUGUUCUUUAGACUGAUCCGUCUGCUCGAGGAGAUCAUGAGUGAAAAGGAGAACAAGACCAUCAUCUUUGUGGAGACAAAGAGACGCUGUGAUGACCUGACAAGGAGGAUGAGGAGGGAUGGGUAAGUGUCAGGAUAUAAUCUUCCUCAUCUGUCAAACUUGUUGAAGUGGUUUCAUCAUAAAUGAACUCUUUGCGUCAAAAUCAAUCUUUUGUUUUCCCCUCAGGUGGCCUGCCAUGGGAAUCCAUGGUGACAAAAGCCAGCAAGAGAGAGACUGGGUUCUCAAUGGUGAGCCUUCAUCCCUGUAUAAUGUUUCAUCUUAUUUGUUUAAACCACAGCAAAGAAUGUUGAAUGAUAUUUAAGUUUCAGGAACUGUAGAAAACUCUGUAUCUUCAUUUUUGACUCACAAGUUGAACAUCUUGCUAACCUGCCUUUUCCUUUUUAAUUCCAGAGUUCAAAUUCGGAAAGGCUCCUAUUCUCAUUGCCACAGAUGUUGCCUCCAGAGGUCUAGGUCAGUAUCCCCCCUGAACUCCUCCGAACUCUGUUGUAUUCCUCGAAGAAAGUAUAUUUGCUUUCUUUAACUCUUCUGCUUCUUUCUGAGUUUUUCUCCCCUGACCUGAAGGAGCAGUCUGUGUGGCAGGGCCUUGGCAUGACAAGCCCAGGUCUCCAGAGGGGGAAGGAGGAUUCUUGGAGGUGUCCUCUUGACUGGCGAGGCACGGGUCUCCCAGUCGUGCAGAUAAACAGAGGUGACCAGGCCACAAUGCAGCAAAACGCGCUGGCCUGCCUAAAAAGGGGGGCGAGUUGAGGGCUGGCCACAGUUCCUCCCCCAUUCGUACGUCGUCUGUUCUCUGGCAAUGGUUUGGACUGCUUCAAACACCCAAGCUCUGUAACUGUCCCAGCUCAAAGCCCGGCUACACUGCCUCCUAUUGUCUUGCAUGAGUGUUUGGGCACUGCAUUGCAAGCGUUGUGAGUCAUUUUGGGAGGUGCUUUUGGUUGUGUAGACUCGUUGUAAAGCAUGGGUGGCGUUAACUUUGCAGUUCCCUAAACUUGUGUUGGAAGAGCAGUCUGUCAGAUCGGUCAAACCCUCACCUCUGUAAAGACAUGGCUACUGGCGCUUUUGGUGACAGUGGGACAUGCUAGUUGGACACCAUUGGACAAAAUCCAAGCUCACACUCCUCCCUCGCCUGCGUUUCAAAGUCAUGUCGAGACCUGCCAACAAAGAGACAUUAAGAUCAAGUGAACACUGGGUCUGCCGAGAGUUGGGAUGCUCUGUUUUUAGGCAUCCUGCUGAUUGAUUCAGAUCGACAGAUUUUUCUGGGGCCUACAGACUCUACAGUGUGAGCUUUAGAGCAGGCAAAGACCUUUUUUUUUAUCGAAGAGCUAGUUCAAGAACACGAGGUAGAGUAGUGUGCAGAGCAGGGACACCUGUGGGUCAUUUGGUAAUAUGUGGGGCGUGUGCUGCAAUGGGAAUGGACUAGUGAAUGCAUACUCCAGACAAUGGUAAGACUUCUGAUCCACUUUCUCUAAAGGGGGAGGGUUUUUUUUUACGUUUUCAUUUCACUGGAUUGGAAGCAGAUGGAGUUUGCAUCCUUUAUCUUUUCCCACCGUAGGCUCCCCAUGGAGUAGAUAUUUUUGCAGCGUCUCUAAUGCCAAUCUUUUUGCAGCUUCUUGCAAUUAACCGGCCCUCCCGUUCUCAUGACAAAACUAACUUGGCCUCUCUUGUUUUUGAUCUGGUUGUUGUGGUGGCUUUGGUGCACAUCUUUUGUGUGCGUCCUCCUCCUCCCGUAUGCCACACUGCAACGCAAUCUUACAGAUGUUGAAGAUGUGAAAUUUGUCAUCAACUUUGACUACCCCAACAACUCUGAGGACUAUAUCCACCGUAUCGGCAGAACGGCCCGUAGCCAAAAGACAGGCACGGCCUACACCUUCUUCACCCCCAACAACAUGAGACAGGCCAGCGACCUCAUCUCUGUGCUCCGCGAGGCCAACCAGGCGAUCAACCCAAAGCUCCUCCAGAUGGCGGAAGACAGAGGAGGUAAAUCUAAUUGGUGAGAUACAGAAACUGCGCUGAGUAGUGCAGCUGUUUUUCUUCUGCUGCCCUCCUUCUUUCUUUCUGAGACCUGGAUGGAUUCAUUAUCACAUUUAUAUGUUACACAAGUUUUUGGUCAGGUAGUGCCGAUACCAAUAUUGAGAGAUUCCAAAUUUCCAGACAUGGCUGUAUCUUGAACUCGAGGUAUAUGCUAUGCACGGUAUUGUUUUAGUUGACAUAAAUAUUUCGUCAUCGCCGAAGACGUGAUGUUGACGAGCUAAACAGAAGUCUUAGAUGACUAAUAUGUAACGAGACUAGACGAAAACGUUGGUGUUGGACGACGAACAGAAUUGCAAAAUUCAUGAGCAUUUUGUCAGUCAAACGCUAAACAAAUAUUCUGCAGUGUUGUUUUCUUUGACGAUGACGUUGACGAAAACAACACUGGCUAAGCAUACAGAUUUAAACUUGCUGGUUAGGCUUCCAUGAUUGAAAAUGGAAAUUAGAGUCUAAAAUACUCAGCACUAAGAAGCACAUACAAUAAAAUCAGUGAACAAUAAUAUGUUUAACUCGUACAUUGACAGAAGGCAGCACCACACCAUCCUUUUAUCAAACUUGGCCAUUAACUCUUCUAUAGGUUAUAAAGACUUGGAUUUAUUAACCUGUCAGGACUCCAGAAUGGUACCUCCCAUUGUUAAGAACACAUCGGAGCCACUAAAAGCAAAUGAGAGUACAGAAAUAUAGAAUAAACAAUCAUGUGGUUUUUAGUAAAGAGUGAGAGGUCAGCAGAGCCCACUAUCAGGUUGUUUACUACCAUGCAUAUAAGAUGGUGAUUGUUAUUAUUUCACAAAACGAUUUAAAACAUGAGUGAAUUCACAUCAAAGUUGCCUCUAAAGAGAGAGUUGUGGCUCAAAUUGUAGCAUCAGGAGUUUUGGGUGAUGGGUAACACUUGGGUGUGAGAUUUCCUCUGGGAUGGGAAAGUUUCAAUGACACGACUGCUGCCAUCAAUCUGAAGUCUCUUUUCUCUUUUCCAGGUCGUUCAAGGGGCGGCAGAGGUGGCGACUAUAGAGAUGACCGUCGGGAUAGGUAUUCUAAUAGGCGUGAUUAUGGCAGUUUUAGGGACAGGGAUAAUGGCAGAGGGUAUGACAACGGACCAAACAAAUCUUUUGGCACAAACUCCCAAAACGGAGGCUAUGGGGGCGGUAACGGCACCAACGGCAGCACCAACGGCUUCGGCGGGGGCAGCUACAACGGUAACGGACAGUCCAGCUUCAACAACCAGGCUGGAGCCUACGGAGGCCAGAACAACUUUCAGGCCGCCCAGUUCGCUCCUCCCGGUAAGGCUGCCGGACAGACCGGCGCAGCUCAUCCGCCAUUCCCUUUCCCCCAGGCGCAGGCUCCUCAGCAGCACCCUCCUCCGCUGGUGCCGUACCCCAUGCCUCCUCAGUUUUCUCAGUAAACCCACCGUACACUUGAAAGAAGUAAUUUAUUGCUUUUUGUCUUGUUUUAAGUUCCUCACUUAAUCCUGAUUUUUUUGUAUUUACACGACAGGGUUACAAACAACUUGAACCUCGUAUCAAGCCUUUUAAGAUCUGCAGUGCAGCAUUAGUGGUGUUGCGCACUUGUUUUUCCCCUUUAUUAUUUAAUUUGUUACAUUCCUCAUUAAUGAUUUAGUUAUGUUUUGUACUAGGUAACUACAACUGUAUCGUUUUUCAUGUGUAUCCUUGAAAGUGAUGUUAAGCUCCUAUCUUGGAAGUGCACUGCAUGAUCUUUCAAAUAAAAAAAGAGAAAAGAAGU